AUGCGUUUUUUCAUCCUCGUCGCUCUCUCGGCCGUCGCUGUCAUUUCGGCCGUCCCAGUCGCGGUCCCGAACGAGGACUCCGCUGCGGCCAACCCGACCGAGAGCGGCUCCUCAGGCUUCCCCGAGCCCACGGGGUGGCCGACGGGGAUCCCUUCCGGCUUCCCCACUCCCCCCGGAUUCCCCACGGGUCUGCCCUCCGGUUGGCCCACUGGCUUCCCCACCCCGACUGAUGGAUUUCCGUCCUUCUCGUUCCCACCGCUCCCGAGCGGGACGGGCGAGCCUGGAUUCCCUCCCACUGGGCUGCCCACUGGGAUCCCUGGUGGCUUCCCCACUGGACUGCCCGGCGAAUCCUUCCCUCCUGCGCCGGCCGCCUCUGCCGCCAUUACCAGCGCGCUCCCGCUGUCGUCGCUCCUUGCCCGGAUCCCCGACUGA